AUGCGACGCUGCGGACGUGCUCCAACCCGGCAGGUCUCUUCCUGCGCUUUGCUCCUGCCGAGCUGGGCGAUCACCCAUGCGCCCACGCACUCUCGUCGGCAAGUGACGACGACAACGAGUGCGGCCGUGGGUGUUGGUGUGGCUACCAGCAUUGCAAGUGCACCAUCCUCACCGAACCCAUCAACCGCAGCGGCAACAACCGCCGCAGCCGCUGCUGAGGACGCAGCAGCAGUUGCGUAUGCGCCAUAUUCUUCUUCCACCAACGCGCCGGCGUCAGUGAUUGGGGCACCCACCACGUCCUUCUAUAUGGCCCCGUCGAGCGCGUCGCUAGCGGAGAUGACAGGUCGGCUUCGAGAAGCGCUUCGGACACUGUCUGAGGUAGAGAAGGCAAAGGUGGAACAGGCCAUGAGGGUUACGGCCGCUACCGCCAUCUCGAGCCAGAGCUCUUCUGUGAAUGUUGGAGAAGGCCGUGUAGCGCUUAGCACAGCUGCGUCGAUGCAUCACCCUAGCGCUGCUGUCCCUCCCGGAGCGCUUUCCGCAACGUCUACCGAAGAGCCGACCGCAAGCGAUAGUAGUUGUCCCAGCAGCAGCAAAUCAGGCGGAGACGUCAGCGGUGCUGCCACUGCGAAUGCUCCCUCCAUGGGGGGGAGGUCUAGCACCACGACCUCGGAGGCAGUGGCGAUGCCACUCUCGACGUCAUCGUCAUGGAUUCGAAAUAAGAAGCCCAAGUUCUGGGCUCUCGUCAAUGAGGCCGGUACCGACGAAGUGGAGGGUGGCGAUAACGGCGAAGGAUUUGCAACAGCCUUCACGGCUGCUGGCAGUGCAGUGGCGGCACCAUCGGGCACCGCGGCUUCUCGUUUGACCAGCGCGAUGGCCAGCGCGCCGUUGAAAGCAACGGCACCCACGCUUACCGGUGGAGCUGCGGCCCCAGCGAAGGAGCUUUCACAACUACCGGCACUGGCCGAGCCGCUGCAGACUGCCUCGGACGUAGCAACCGCCUCUUCUCCGCCCUCGAGGGUGGCUGCCAGCACUUUCCUCUCCGCUACGGUCGAUGGUCGAACGGACGGAGUCUCGUCGAGCUCACUAAAGGCAACCGGUGGCGCUGUCACAGCGCACAGCGUCCGCACCUCGACGUCGGUGUCGCCGUUUCGCAAUCGCUACAAGCGCGACGUGGCGCAUGUGCUGUCGGAGUUGCUGAGUAACGACCCCGCGUUGGGACCGCAGCUUCUGAGUCAGCUGUCCGCCGAGAGCCGGCGCCUGCUACUGAUCAUGGGCGCGGCCAGUGAGUACUUUGGCGUGGAUUACGAGGAGGUGGCGGAGCAGGUGAAGGAGGCAGACACGGACAGGGACAACUCAAUUUCCUCCAAGGAGUACGACGCCUGGGUGCGGCGUAUGGCAGACUCGACGCCGGCGAAGCGUCGCCACGCGAAGGGGGGCCAGGCAAUGGAGGGCGCUUUAGCGCCGGUGCUGUCGUUGGACUGUGCCUCUGCUCAGGGCGCCGCGGUGGCAGUCGCACCGCUGCCGCUGUCCUCGACAGCGUCACCGAGCAGCAGCCGGGAUGCAACUGAGACAAAACCUUCUGUUCAAGGCGCAGCUUCCACUUCCACGACUGCGCAUCCCCCCGUCGCUGUGUCUGCCCCUCUUUCCCGUCAAACGGCUGACAUGGCCACGGACACAGCGAAGGCCGCCAGAGCUUGCAUAAUCGGAGUGAUGCAGAAGAGUGCGUCGUCAGCGGCAGAGGUGCCAGCGAGUCACGACGCCGUAGCUGAUCGCCUUGCUGCCUCUGUUGCCAUGCCGUCGUCCACAUCUGCUUCUCCCGAGAAUAGCACUGCUGGCAGCAGCUGUGGCCGUAUCAGUGACGUCACCGGCGGUGGUGCGCUGGCCUCUCCUUUUCUUCCGACCACCUCGGCUGCGACCGUCACCAGCGCAGCGCGCGCGUCCGUCAAGCAGGACCCGAGCUAUAUUCCGUGGUCGACAUACCUGAGGAUUGUCGUGACCGCCGCGCCGCCGUUCCUAGCCUUUGGAAUGCUGGACAACUCCACCCUUGUUCUUGCCGGCGGCGCAAUCGACAACGCCCUCUCCGGAAGCCUUGGCCUCUCGCAGAUGGCCGCCGCCAGUCUCGGCGGCGUCGUCAGCGGCGUGGCGGGAAUUCAGGUGCACGGUCUGGCUGAGCGGUAUACGCGGGCAUCACCGCCACGGCUAGCGCCGGAGCAGCAGCGAGGUGUUUCCUACUCGCGCGCCACGCAGGCGGGAAACAUGCUGGGGAUGGUGGUCGGUCUCAUCCUUGGCAUGACCCCGCUGCUGUUCAUGAGCGGGUCGACGCAGCUGGCGGAGCAAGAGGAGCGCGAUCGUAACCGCUUCCGGCAAGAGGCUGGGCGCAGUCACCAGCGUCAAUGCAAGGUGGUUGAGAAGAAAGAGAUCGCCCUGCGACAACAGCUGUGGGAGGAGGAGAAGGCGACGCGGGAGGCGCUGCUGCGAGACAAGGACAACCUUUCACUCCUCAGCUCUGUUCAGGGUUGA